UCCGGUGGAAGAUUGCGUGCGCGGCAGAGUACUCUUACCACUGGAAUUUUCCUUUCAAACUCUCGACGACGAUGUUCUAAGCUUUAUGCACACCCAAUUGAAAAAUAAAUAAAUAAACAAUGUGAAAGAGAGAUUCAAAGUCCCUAACCCAAACCCCAAGAUAUGAAGAUGAAAUUGCAGAAGAAAGCUUAAUUACUUUCUGUGUUAUUUCUUUCCAUUUCAAAAAAACCCAAAUUCCUUUCUGAUUAUAAAUAUGAUUGUAUCCAUUUGCUUCUCCAAAUCUUCACUGCUUUCCUCAAAUCAUUCCAAUUUCUCUUCCUUCGCAUUUAUAAUCUGCUUUCUUACUUUUCUUGCCUUCUGCUUCAAGAGCAAGUUCAUCACCUUCCAUGGAGAAAAUCCUAGUUGAAAACGAAUUGCAGCAGGCUAAGCUACUUGCUGCAAUCAAUGAUGAUCAUGAUGGCGUAAUUGUGGAAUUAAGUGAGCAUAUGCACACAGAAGACUUUGCUUCAAUGCUUAAAGCUUCAAUUGUUCAAUGGAGAAAGCAGGGCAAGAGGGGUGUUUGGAUCAAAGUGCCUAUUGAACUAGUCAACCUUGUUGAAGUUGCAGUUAAGGAAGGGUUCUGGUACCAUCACGCAGAGCCAAAAUACUUGAUGCUUAUAUACUGGAUACCAGAGGGCACCCAUACUCUUCCAGCAAAUGCCAGUCACCGAGUGAGCAUUGCUGCAUUUGUCAUGAAUGAAAAGAGAGAGGUGCUGGUGGUCCAAGAAAAGAGUGGAAUAUUUCGAGGGAAAGGUGUGUGGAAGUUCCCUACUGGAUCUGUUGAUGAGGGAGAAGACAUCUGUGUAGCUGCGGUAAGAGAAGUUAAAGAAGAGACAGAUAUUGAAACAAAAUUUGUAGAAGUAUUAGCAUUCAGGCAAAGCCACAGAGCUUUUUUUGGGAAGUCAGAUUUAUCCUUCAUAUGCCUGCUACAGCCCCUUUCCUUUGAAGUCGAGAAGCAGGAAUCAGAGAUAGAGGCAGCCCAGUGGAUGCCAUUGGAUGAAUAUGUAGCCCAACCAUAUUUCCAGAAAAGUGACCUUUCGAAGUACAUGCUUGAUAUAUGCUUGGCAAAAGUAGAUAAGAAGUAUUCUGGGUGUUAUCCAGUUCCUGUUACAUCAAAUAUUUCAGAUGAAAGUGGUCUCUUAUACGUGAAUAAUCGAUACCUGAGAAAGACAGCAAGGCCUGGUCUUCACGUGUCAGUUUAGCCUGUUGAACUAUACUCUGGCAAGAAUUCUGAUUCUGCAAUUUCAAUUUGUAGAAAAUGAUUAUAUUUUGUUAUUUCAAUUCGUUUUUCAGGAAGAAAAAUAAAAUAGUUGUAUUAGUUCAUUAUUUGAUUCAUUAUGUGAACAAUGCUUAGUUGAUUAAUAAAUCUUUAUUCAAUUGAUCUUAUUUUC